ACUAACGUCUUACCUUGAUAGUCAGGUUCGCUUUAUGGAAUCAACCGACAGGCCUGACAAAUGGAAAGCAUAUUAUGACAUGAUGCUAUCUAAAGCUAAAUCUAGCCGACAAGCUAUAAAAACAGUGUUGAAGGAGGAGGAUUUCUUACCCUGGCUCUCGCAGCAGUAUCCAAACAUUUGGUUUAAUGAAAAUGACUUACAAACGGACUCUACAUCACAUGUGUUUACUGUCGACGCCGAUCUGCAAUGGAUGACAAUCCAUAAAACUAUGGUUAACAGCAGGGAUACAAUCAAUCGUUACAUUGAAUUGGCCAAGUCUUACAUGGAAGGUGGAAACAGUAAUUUGAGGCAACUGCAGAAACUUAACUCAACUUCAGUUAGGUUGGCAAACGACUUUCAGCAACAACGGGAAAGCAUGGACAUGUUUUAUAAAGAAAAAGUUGUCAGCAACCUAAACCAUCUCAGUCACGUGUUGAACCUACGAUCAGAACCGAUGACUUCCGUGAUAUCUACAUUCGAUAAAAAAUGCACCACAAUGUACAUCACUAAGGGUAUACGAAAGGCCAGCAUGUAUCUCAAUAUGACUGUUGAUUAUCUUUCACAAUAUUUUAAGAGAAGACGAAUACUCCAGACGAUUGCUAUACAUUUUGACUCGAAUGAAAUGAAAUAUUUCAUGGAAGAGGUGAGAACAUAUGCGUCGGGAACAUUUCAUAACAAGGAAUUCAGUAUGGAGUCAGUGGAUUGUCUGGAAAUGCUGCUGGAUGAGUAUUAUGCCAUGCUGACGGUAUACGUAUUAAUCAAACCAGCUUUCACGGAAUUUAAAUAUCAGUUCGAUUAUAAACAUUUCAGUAAUAUCAUGCCAUCACUACGUGAAAUAAAGAACUUUAACUUCGAAAAAGUUGAGCUCCUGGAGGUGGUAUUGGUGUUGGACGAGGUCAGGAUGAUCACGGGCGAGUUUAAACAAUCUCUCCUCAUGAAUCAACAAUUUUACAGAGAUAACUUCCUUCACCUGAAUGUCUUGUUCCAUGAACUGAGAUACGAUCAGCUCACCCAACAAAUCGACUACACGAUUUUCGCUCUCAUGGGCGAUAUAGGUGGAGCAAUGGGUCUGUGCAUCGGAGCCAGUGCGCUAAGCGUUUUCGAGAUCAUUGACUUCGUCACCGUGUUGAUGGGGUUUCUCAUGGUUAAAAAGACACUUCCAUCCAAACCACGGUCCAAAAUCAUCCACGUCGAACCUAAGGAUGAGUCCAAAGGGAAAACGACACCUCUACCAUCUGUUAACACCAAACAAAAUCAGACCCUUGACAACUAAGAUACUCAGGAUGCCAGAAAAUGUGAAGGUUCGGGCGUUGUUUAAGCUGGAAAAGAGAGAAAUGUUUCCAAAUCAAACAUUAUAUCGAAAGGAUAUUUAUCAAUCUCGGUAAAAUAGCAACGUGUGUAGAUUUCAGGGUUGGAACUCUACCGGGAGAAACUAUAUCCUAGUUGAUGUAUCAACCCUACCCACUUAAGUAGCGAACAAUAUGUACUAGUAACUUAAUUCGAAGUUGUGAAAACAGUAAAUUAUAGUCAGGUAAUAAAGGUUUCAUACCUUGUGUGACCUCUUGACCUACCACACUUACUUUAAUAUACAAUACAUUCCAUACCUUGUGUGACCUCUUGACCUACUUCACGUACUUUAUAGUACAAUACAUUCCAUACCUUGUGUGACCUCUUGACCUACUUCACGUACUUUAUAGUACAAUACAUUCCAUACCUUGUGUGACCUCUUGACCUGCUACACGUACUUUAUAGUUCAAUACAUUUAAUACCUUGUGUGACCUCUUGACCUGCUACACGUACUUUAUAGUUCAAUACAUUCCAUACCUUGUUUGACCUUUUGACUUACCUCAUCUACUUUAUAGUACAAUAUAGUCCAUACCUUGUGUGACCUCUUCACCUACCAUACACGUACUUUAUAGUUAGUUAUAUUCCAUAUCUUGUGUGACCUCUUGGCCAUCUACACGUACUUUAUAGUACAAUACAUUCCAUACAUUGUGUGACCUCUUGACCUAGCAUAAUUACUUUAUUAUACAAUACAUUCCAUACCUUGUGUGACCUCCUGACCUACUAUACACGUUCUUUAUAGUACAAAACAUUCCAUACCUUGUGUGACCUCUUGACCCACUUCACGUACUUUAUAGUACAAUACAUUCCAUACCUUGUGUGACCUCUUGACCCACUAUACACGUACUUUAUAGUACAAUAAAUUCCAUAUCUUGUGUGACCUCUUGACCUUCUACACGUACUUUAUAGUACAAUACAUUCCAUACCUUGUGUGACCUCU